AGUAAUUACCAUACACUACCUGUCACAAUUUGAUUUAUGACCCCUGAUUUAUGGCUUGAUUUAUGAUCUUUUGAUUUAUGAUUUACUUUAUGGCAUGCUGACUGACAAGGCUUGGGACAUGUCUGACUGACAGGCUGAUAUGUUUAUUACCCACCAGCACCCCCCCACCCUUGUCUUCUGCCGCAGACGUCACCUCACACCCACCAGGAUGUAACUUGUUUUACGACCUACACAGGCACCCCUAAACAAACACCAGCCAUCACUAUGUAAAUUAUCUCACAGUUGUUUGAUAAGAGCCCCCAUCAGUGUUAAUUGUAUGCAAAGCAACGCUGUAGCCGUGCUGUCUACUGUGUAUCAGAUCUUGUGGUUUGGUGUGUGAGACUUUAAGUUUUGUUUAAUUUGAAGACAUUUAAAAUAUAUGUUUUAUAUUAUGGGUGUCAAUUAAAUCAUUGUAAAUGAUCGGACUGUUAAAUGUUUUUUAAAGCUAUUGUGUGGUCACAUUUACCACCCAACCAAUCUACGCUGGUCUUUUACUUUUUUGUCUUUUAAUUUUGAGAUGUCUUUAAGGUCUACAUUUUAGGCACACAUAGUUUAAAUGUAUGCUAAAUGGAAAGUCAGACUUACUUUGAUUCUUUUCAUUUGAGAGAACACUCAUAGGUCUUUAAGGCAUACAUUUCAGGAUCUUAUGUUUUAAAUGUAGGCUAAAUGUAUAGCAGUCUUUUACGUUUAGUCUGUUCAUUUUGAGAUGUCUUUAAGGCAUACAUUUCAGAACAUUAUGUUUUAAAUGUAAAGUAAAUGUGUGGAAUCCUUUUAGUUUUAGUCUAUCCACAUUAAGAUGUUUUUUUUGUUUUUUUUUAAGGUCUACAUUUUCAGCUUGUUAUGUUUUAAAUGUGGUUGAUGUUAAAUGUUUGGAUUGUUAUUUGUGUAAAACAACACACUUUUACCUAAACACAUUAAAAAAGUAAGAUACAUGUUUAAUGUAAUCUCUUAAGUAUACAUUCUAAACCUGUGAAUAAAAUAAUCAAAUUUUCAGUUUAACAAUUUUAAGAAUCUGUAUCUACUAAACCUAUUUACAUGGUAGUUACGUUUCAAAAGCUACACCAAUCACAGGCUAAAUGUUUUAAAUAUGUUAAUAACGGUAGGAGUGGUCUACGUGGCCUUGUAUAUAGAUGGCUCACAACUCUGUUGGAGGUGCCCCAUUCAGACGCUAGCCUGAAAAAAACCACGAUGGACGCAAGCUUUCUUGGAACCUGUGAGCUGGAAACAAUCCAAGCCGUUCAAAAUAUUGAAGGUUUAUCUCAACUUUGUGAGGAGUCUGUGAACACAUCGGCGCAUGUGGACCCUCUUGCAGGUCUAAAACGCUUAGUGGAUAGUAUCACGCCACCCGGAUUCGACAAUUUGUACAAACAGCCAAAAAAUCCUCAACUACAGGAUAUAACCAACAACAGCGGAUACAGGAGAGCCUUUAAGCCAAACUUAACGAGCAGUCCGGAGGUGUUGCUUGGUAAACGUUGCAACAGGGGACCAUCUUCAAGCAGAAAACGCAUCAGGCUGGAAGACAGCUGCAUACUGUUAGAUACAGAUUUGAACAACGCUGGACAGUCUACGAAUGGAGAAAGUGUGUUGCACAAUGAUGUCCAGGAUGUUUUAAACAAGGACGAAUGGUCGGAGGAUUUGACGGACAUCUGGGAUCAGAACAGUUUCAGCGAACCAGUCGAAAAAACUGUUGCUGCCGCACCACCGAAUGUUGGAAUAAACGCUUCGGACAAACACAGAGACACUGACGCAAAUGAGUUACGAUCAAACCAAGAGCAUGAGCAUCAAGAUCAGGUAGGACCCGAUGGUGAUUUAAACAGUAUUGGCGAGGUUUUAACUGUUCUAAGACAGAUUUCUGAAGAAAACAGAAAAAUAUUGCUAGAUAACAAAACAAUCACAGAAUCAAACAGAAAACUAACAGAAGCUUGUAUUAAAUCUUCCCAAGACAACGAAAGGUUGUCACAGUUAAAUGCAAAGAUAUCUCAAGAAAAUUUGAACAAUUUAAUUGAGCUACGUAGACAAUCUGCCAUUAACCGUAGACAUGAAAAAGGUAUUCAAGAGAUACACAAACAACUAAAUAUAUAUCUGGAUGAAUUUAGAAAAUUUGAUAUGUCUGGUAAUGUGUCAAAAGAUCAAUUCAAAUCUUUAAUACAAAUAAUGUUUAAAAUGCAAAAGGCGUUAGAGAUAAAAUUAUCGCCAUUUCUGCCUAUUGCGGGGCCAUCCUCUCGUGUUUAGUGUUGCCAAUAGUUAGAGGCUAGUGUUUUUCCACAUUGUUACAGAAGUCAUCAUUUUCACAUAUUUUCAAUGUAUAUUUACAUCUAAAACAAACAAUCAGACAAAUAUGGCAUCUAAAAGAUUUUGGGGGUCAGACAACAACCCGUGUGUUAGAGAUGAAUAUGAUUCAUUGAACCAGUUGUCUAUUGAUGAACAAUUGCAGCGUCUAAGUGAAAUGUAU